UUUGGCGAUAGCGAGUGACAUUUUCAUUUUCAUUUUCGAUAAAAGGAGUAAAAAGGUCUCCUUAUUUAAUUUUUAUUUUAUUUAAUAAGUUAUAAAAAGAAAGAAGCAAUUCUUCCAAUUAAUGCAAGCACCAAAUAUUGUUGGUUCACUAAUUUACAAAAACAAAACAGUACAAAUUGUUUAAAACUCAAACUCAAUAAAACCAUUUGAGGAACAUUAAAAAAAAGAUGUCAACAGGAAGACCAAUUAAGUGCGUUGUCGUCGGUGAUGGUACAGUCGGAAAGACAUGCAUGUUAAUAUCAUAUACAACUGAUAGUUUUCCAGGGGAAUACGUGCCUACAGUAUUUGAUAAUUACUCAGCACCAAUGCAAGUAGACACAAUUCAAGUGUCACUUGGAUUAUGGGAUACUGCAGGUCAGGAGGAUUACGAUAGAUUAAGGCCAUUGUCAUAUCCACAAACGGACGUUUUUCUGAUAUGUUUUAGUGUGGCCAGUCCGUCGUCGUUUGAAAAUGUCACAUCGAAAUGGUAUCCAGAAAUAAAACAUCAUUGUCCGGAUGCGCCUAUCAUUUUAGUUGGUACAAAAAUCGAUUUGCGAGACGAUAGAGAAACACUAAGUGGUUUGGCUGAACAAGGACUAUCGCCAUUGAAAAGGGAACAAGGCCAAAAACUAGCUAACAAAAUCCGGGCUGUGAAAUAUAUGGAAUGUUCGGCAUUAACUCAACGAGGGCUCAAACAAGUCUUUGAAGAAGCAGUACGAGCAGUCUUAAGACCAGAACCUCAGAAACGGCGUCAGCGAAAGUGUAUAGUUAUGUAAGUAAAAGAAUAAAAAUAAAUAUUUAUGAUAAACAAAAACAAUUACAAAGAAAAUCUAUGAAACUCAUAAAAGAAAAAAAACAAAAUUAAAACAAAUCAAAAUGACAUACACAAUCUGAACUCACUUUAACAUCAGAUUUUAUUCAUAUAUACAUACAAAUAUAUAUACAUUAUAAACAGACACACAUACAUAAUUUAAUUUGUUAUAUUUUUAUUUAAGUUAACAUUGACUUAGGUUAUUAAACAAUUUUUUUUUCCAACAAAGAACAAACAAACAAAAUAUUAUCAUAGAAAACUCGAAUAUUAAUUUUUAAAAAAGUUUAUGUUUUAUCUUUGAACAUCACAACUAUUAUAUUAUAUGUAAAACAAAAGUAAUUGAAAAAAUAAAACUUCCGUCAAAAAGACUGAGUUGUGCAGCAAAAAUUAUAAGAAUUGCAGCAAGCGUUUUGUUAAAUUUUGUUAUACAAAAAGUAACUAAAAAUGUAUUUAAUUUCAAACCGAUAAGUAUUUCGUAUAUAUAUCGUAUCUACUCAUAUUCAAGCAAAAUCUACAUGAUGUAGAUUUGAUCUUUUCUUUUCGUAAUAUCACAAAAAUGUCCGCUAUUUUUCACAUUUUUUUUUUAUUUUUUUGGUAAUUGUAAUUUAAUAAAAACAAAAAAUUAAAUAAUAAAUAGAUUAUAUAUAAUUUAGACAGUUUUAGUACCAAAGUCAAAGAAGGAAAAGUAUGUGAAAGAGCUCAAAAUAAUCAGAUUUAAAUCAAAACACGGCGGCGGCGUCGCAAGAGGAGAAAAAUGUAUCCGCGUGUGUUGAAGUUAGAUUUAUCAUCUAGUCAAUUGAAUUAUUAAAAAAUUGUGAGAAUACAAAUUUAAUGAGAAUUAAAAUCAUGUGAAAGCAAGAAAGCAAAAUAGUUACCUAAUGACGGAUUAUAAUACGAGUAUAAUUUAAAACAAAAGAAAGAAAGUAGAGACUUAGAGUAUCUCCAAUGGAUACAGUGUAAGAGUUAAAGCAGCUUAAUAUUAUUACAUUUAUAUUAUUUUUUAAUUAUUUUAUAAACAUUAACUGUCACUAAAAUUUAAAUAUGUUCUAAUAACAACUUCAAUUUAUUACAAUAUUUGUUCUAAGGUCUUUUCCGGAGUCUGGUCUUUAGCAAAAUCAGUGCAACUGAAAGUAUUUGCUUUUCAUAUCAUAUCCUUAAAAAAUAUCACUUAAACAUGUUAAGCACAGAUCAUAUCACAUUGCUAUUCAUUUUAUGUCCUAAAAAUAUCAAACAACAAUUAUGUACUGAUUGUUUUUUAGGAUUUUGUCUUUUUUGAACUUAAUUUUUAACUCGAAUUAAUGUCCUUUAAACCUGUUAAUGUUAAUCGUCAAAACGAUUAACAUUAACGAUAUCGUCAAUAAUUUGUUUCACGUAACUUUAUCACUAUAGUCUCUUUAAUAGGCAUAAGCAAACAUAAGCUUAUUUCAAAAACCCAACGAAAAAUUCACUUAAGUUUGUGAAAUUACUGCGGAUAGCCAUAAUGCAAUUUUGCUCACGUAUCUACCGAGCGACUGGGAUCGCUCUUGCUUACGUUAACGAAACUUAGAAAAAUUGAACGAAACGGAGCUAAACUCCAUUAUGUUCACUAGUAUUGAGAUUCUUUGUAUUCGCACGUUUACUUAUGAGCGAAUAUGCUAGCUUAUGCCUAUUAUAGUUGGGCCUUAAGUUUGUUGAGUAUAUAUUUCAAAUACUCUUAUACUAUGACUGAAAUGUCAAAUUAACUCAACGAAAGAUAAUGCUUGUCAAUUUAUAAUUACCCUUUUCAACAAACAAAACAAAAGGGCUAUCAUUUUGAGGUUAAGUUGAGCCCGAACAAUUUAUUCGUAGCAGUGUGGAUGGUAUGUUGAACUCGAAUAGAGUUUGACAGUUCGUAGCAACCGCACUGCAAUUCGUUGCUACCAAAUUGUUUUUACAAAAUUGUCUUGUUUUAGAGAACAAAAUGCAAAUUUUAUUAUCCUUACAUACAUAAGUGUUAAUUGGUUUCUUAUAAUUUAAUUGUGUUUUUGUUUGAAAUUGACUUUUUGAAAUGUGUAAAAUUACGUUUGGUAGUACCGAAUUGCACUGAGGUUGCUACGAACUGUCAAACUCUAUUCGCGUUCCACAUACCAUCAUGGUACUGUUAAACAAAUAAAAUAUUAAAAAUUGUGUAGCCAGACCACUUCUAAGUCGGCAAAUAGAAUAAGUACUUUAAGUUUCGUUGUGAAUUAUAUGGCUGAAACACAUACACGCUUCAGCUUCGUCUGCGUUACGUUAGGCCUGCUUCGAGGUUGCUUUGAAUGACAUUUCUAUUAUUUCAUUCCUCCAAAGAGCAAAUAUUUUGUUGACAUUUUUUUACAGCUGAUUAGCUGUCAGACAAAGCAAAUGUUCAGAUAAUUGAACUAGAGCUUCCGUUUGGAGUCACAUUACGUUACAUUACGUUCUUUUCCUUACGAUUGUCAAGCGAAACGUGAGGUCGAAGCUCCAUUGUGAUAGCAUGCAUUGAAUUCCUAUGGCUGAACUCGUAAACGUCAGGCGAAGCUGAAGCGUGUUUGUGUUUCAGCCAAUACUUAUACAUAAUACAAAUGUAAUGAAAAUGAAAUCUCAAUAAAAGUUACUACUACUACUCCACAUACCAUCAGCACUUCAACGAAAUUGUUCGCGCGCAACAUAACCUCAAAACUAUACCACUCCUAUUUUGUUUUUGUGUGAAAGAUCAUGGUUGAGGAAAACAUGGAGAAAAGGGUAGUUCAAUUCGUCGCUGUCUGCGAAUAUAUAAAAAACCCAUGUGAAAGAAAAGUCAGAACAUCUACAGUUCGCAGUUCGUAGCUCAUGUGCAAGAUGCUUUAUACUGAAAACGAUAGACGAGACGCCAAAGUUAUGUGAAGCAAACGAUGAUAUCGUUAAUGAUAAUCGUUUUGAUGGUUAUCGUUUUGAAAAUUACGGAAUGACUCCCCAGUUUACAAGGAGAAUUGAAUCAGGAUUUAGUGUCGCAUAUACCUGGAUCAGAUUGAAAUAGGAUUAUUCGAUCCGAUAUUACAAAACGAGUUGAAUCGAAUCGAAAAUUGUUUUGUAAACCUGAAUCAAGAAAUCGAGUUAUUGGUGUGUGAGGUUUUGCUUGUGUUCGUGUGUUAUGUUUUUUUCCAAAAACACUAUGAAAAUAUAAAUCCUUCGCACGUAUCACCCUCCAAAACCCAUUUUUUUACAUUAAUGUGGACUAAUUCAACGAAAAAAAUUGAUGUGUUUUCACGUAUAUGUACAUAGAAUCAACUACUUAGUUUUUAGGGGAAAUUUAAUAAGAUUAGAGGAGAAAUUCACAUGCAUCCUUAAAUAAGUUUAUGAGUUCGAUUUCCUGUUUUGCUUGUAAGCAAACCAAUAUGGCUACCGAGAAUUUAUAUCUUUACUAGAUUUCAGAUGAGUUUCUUUGGUGCUCGUUUUUGUGUUGUAAGCAUUAUUUUAUUUAAAUUUUAAAACUGUGUAAUAUGUUAUUUUUUAUCUAUAAAGAUAGAAGUUAGUCGCAACACAAUACGCACACAAAUAAAGUGUCAUUUCGUUUCGAUUUCUCGAUCCACUGACAACAUAUACCUGGAUCGAAACCUCAAUUAAAUUUAGGUUAAAUUCCUAAAUCUCCUCAGGUAACCAGGGUAAAUGGGCAGGUUCAAUGACUUGAAAGUACAGCAAGCUUGUAGCAUAUGAUUGGACAACUUUCAAAAAUUGCCUUCCAAUUAAUCCAAAAAUGUAUUUGAAAGUUGAAUGGAAAGAUAAUCAAAGAAAAUAUCUAUUACUUUCAAGUCAAGUCUACUUAUGUCAAAAUGACAGUUGAUCAUCUUUUUUCAUUUAAUCGAAACCUGAACUUUAUAAUUUAUUUAGUUUCUCCACAAUUCUUUUUAAUAUUUUAUGUAAAAGGGUUUCUGAUCAAGUUAAAAAAUUAAUAAGUAAUAUUUUUUAAAUGCAAGAUACGUGUUUGAAUUGAAGCUUGCCUGAGGAGUGCACAAUUUAUUGUUGGUAGUUUUUUAAUGAUCAACUGAAGGUAGCGAAGUAAAGUUCCGAGUUUGAAGUUGAUGAGACUUUAUAAACUAAAUAGUUGCCUUGUUCAAAAUGUAUGUUCAAUGAACGCAAUUGACUAGAAAUGAAGUCCCUUAUGUUGUCUGAACCUGCUCAAUUUUGUAUAUUCUAUAGAAAUCAUAAACGACAAAAAUCAAGAAUUUCAUACUUGAUUGAAAUUCAGUAAUAUCAUGGAGGUAGAAGUUAUUAUUCUAUAUUAAAUGGGCAUGAGUAGUGAUUAAGAAUUCAAUCCCAAAGUCUUUUUUGGUUACUUUCCAGUAGCAGUACUAUCACCGAACCAACCCAACAUGUCCUUAUUUAGACUACAUUUUUUCAGGCCCAGACAGACAUUAAGAACACCUAAUUAAAGCUUACUUUUCAUUUUAAGUCGGCGAAUAGUUUUUGGUUUCUUCCUUUCCACUUUCAGAUUCCGAGAUAAGACGUUCGAAAUAUUUGUCACUAAUUUAUUAACCAUAUGCUGGAUUUACACCAUUGACAAUUUUAACAAAGUUUUUGGUCAUUUUGAAUGCAUUCACAACAAUGGAAACAGCAAAAUAUUUUAUUUUGUCAGUUGUGCAAAUCCAGAAUUUAAAGCUUUUACUAACUUUGCAAAUAUGAAGCACAAACAAUCAAAUUUAAAAAAAAAAAACAAA